CUUCCUCAAUCUCAAUUCGUCCCUCCCCCCCAAAUGGCUUCGGAAACCAAAGAGGUGGUCAAAGAGUUCCGAUUCUUCAGAGUCUACAAGGACGGCCGCAUCGAACUCUUCCGUCCUCCGGUCGAGAAGAUCCCGCCCUCCGAUGAUCCCAACACCGGCGUCCGUUCCAAGGAUGUCGUCAUCUCAUCGGACCCGCCCGUGUCCGCUCGGAUCUUCUUGCCCCGCGUCUCUGACCCGGAACAGAAGCUCCCCCUCCUCUUCUACAUUCACGGCGGCGGGUUCUGCAUGCAAUCCGCCUUCUCCCUCGGCCACCACAACUUCGUCAGUACCGUCGCGGCUGAGGCCGAGGCGAUUGCUGUUUCCGUCGAGUAUGGGCUCUUCCCGGCUCGGCCCAUACCCGCCUGCUACGAGGACUCGUGGGCCGCGCUCCGGUGGGUCGUGGGCCACGCUGACGGAGACGGGCCGGACGCGUGGUUGAACGAGCACGCCGACUUCAGGCGGGUCUUCAUCGGCGGCAACAGCGCCGGGGGGAACAUAUCGCACACACUGACCGCCUGGGUCGGGUCGAUCGGGCUGCCGGCAGGCGUGAGGGUGGUGGGGGUCAUACUCGUGCAGCCGUACUUCGGUGGCACCGAGGACGACCACAUGUGGAUGUACAUGUGCCCGACGAACGGCGGGCUGUCGGAUCCGAGGCUAAAGCCGACGGAGGAGGAUCUGGCGAGGCUCGGGUGCGAGAAGGUGCUGGUGUUCGUGGCGGAGAAGGAUCACCUGAGGGAGGUGGCGAUUGGGUACGGCGAGGAGUUGAAGAAGAGCGGGUGGAGAGGGAGCGUGGAACUGGUGGAGCAUGUCGGGGAAGAGCAUGGCUUUCAGAUACGGGAUCCCAAGAACGAGAAGGCCGUGGAAUUGAAGGACAAGUUCGUCUCCUUCAUCAAGGACAAUUGAUCCCGAGCACGUUAUCGUAAUUAACUAUAAAAAAAGUCGUGUCAACGUGUUAUAAUCCGGAGUUAUAUAUACGUACGAAACUAUGUGCAGAACUGCUGUUUUACUCUUUCACUUAUGCAUUUCUUUUUUCAA